GCCCGAGCUGUUAUGGCUGCCGGCGCGCGCCGCGGGACCGGCCCUGGGUCCCGAGCUACCAUGGCCCAGUGGAGGAAGAAGGGGCUCCGGAAGCGCCGGGGCGCGGCCUCCCAGGCCCGCGGCAGCGACUCGGAAGACGGCGAGUUUGAGAUCCAGGCGGAAGAUGACGCCCGGGCCCGAAAGCUGGGCCCUGGCAGACCCCUGCCCACCUUCCCCAGUUCGGAAUGCACCUCGGACGUGGAACCGGACACCCAGGAGAUGGUGCGUGCCCAGAACAAGAAGAAGAAGAAGUCCGGAGGCUUCCAGUCCAUGGGCUUGAGCUACCCGGUGUUCAAAGGCAUCAUGAAAAAGGGCUACAAAGUGCCAACACCCAUCCAGAGGAAGACCAUCCCUGUGAUCCUGGACGGCAAGGACGUGGUGGCCAUGGCCCGGACAGGCAGUGGCAAGACGGCCUGCUUCCUCAUCCCCAUGUUCGAGCGGCUCAAGGCCCGCAGUGCCCAGACCGGGGCCCGCGCCCUCAUCCUCUCGCCCACCCGUGAGCUGGCCCUGCAGACCAUGAAGUUCACCAAGGAGCUGGGCAAGUUCACAGGCCUCAAGACUGCCCUGAUCCUCGGCGGGGACAAAAUGGAAGACCAGUUUGCGGCCCUGCACGAAAAUCCCGACAUAAUCAUCGCCACCCCCGGGCGGUUAGUGCAUGUGGCCGUGGAGAUGAACCUGAAGCUGCAGAGCGUGGAGUACGUGGUGUUCGAUGAGGCAGACAGGCUCUUUGAAAUGGGGUUUGCGGAGCAGCUGCAGGAAAUCAUCGGCCGCCUCCCCGAGGGCCACCAGACGGUGCUGUUCUCUGCCACGCUGCCCAAGCUGCUGGUGGAGUUCGCGCGGGCAGGCCUCACGGAGCCGGUGCUCAUCCGCCUGGACGUGGACGCCAAGCUCAACGAGCAGCUCAAGACUGCCUUCUUCCACGUGCGCGAGGAUGCCAAGCCCGCCGCGCUGCUCCACCUGCUGCGCAACGUGGUGCGGCCGCAGGACCAGACGGUGGUGUUUGUGGCCACGAAGCACCAUGCCGAGUACCUCAGCGAGCUGCUGGCAGCUCAGCGGGUGACUUGCACCCACAUCUACAGCGCCCUGGAUCAGACGGCCCGCAAGAUCAACCUGGCCAGGUUCACACACAACCAGUGCUCCGCCCUCAUCGUCACUGACCUGGCAGCCCGCGGCCUGGACAUCCCGCUGCUGGACAACGUCAUCAACUACAGCUUCCCUGCCAAGGGCAAGCUCUUCCUGCACCGUGUGGGUCGCGUGGCCCGGGCUGGCCGAAGCGGCACCGCCUACUCCUUGGUGGCCCCGGAUGAGGUCCCCUACCUGCUGGACCUGCACCUGUUCCUGGGCCGUGGCCUGGCCCUCGCCCGCUCGCACGAGGAGCCCUCAGGCGAGGCGGCUGUGGACGGCGUUCUGGGCCGGGUGCCGCAGAGUGUCCUGGACGAGGAGGAUGGCGGCCUGCAGAGCACUCUGGAGGCUUCACUGGAGCUGCAGGGCCUGGGCCGCGUGGCCGACAAUGCCCAGCAGCAGUACGUGCGCUCACGGCCAGCACCCUCGCCCGAGUCCAUCAAGAGGGCCAAGGAGCUGGACCUGGCGGGGCUAGGCCUGCACCCACUCUUCAGCUCGCGCUUCAAGGAAGAGGAGCUGCAGCGGCUGAGGCUGGUGGACAGCAUCAAGAACUACCGCUCCCGGGCGACCAUCUUUGAGAUCGGCGCCUCCAGCCGGGACCCGAGCAGCCAGGUGAUGCGCACCAAGCGGCAGAAGGACCACAGGGCCAUCGCCCGCUUCCAGGAGGGGCGGCGGGUGCAGCAGAAGCAGCAGGAGAGCCCGGCCGGCCCAGCCCCGAGCUGCGCAGCACUGCCGGAGUUGCAGCCCAAGGAGGAGGAGGAGGCGGUGGUGGGAGACAGCAUGGAGGACGUUUUUGCAGCAGUAGUGAGCCGGAAGCGGCCAUGGCCAGGACCCAGCGGGGCAUCUAAGAGGCGGCGGGAGGAGGUCCGGCAGCGGGAGCAGGACUUCUACGUCCCCUACCGGCCCAAGGACUUCGACAGCGAGCGGGGCCUGAGCAUCAGCGGGGCCUUCGAGCAGCAGGCAGCCGGCGCCGUCCUGGACCUCAUGGGGGAUGAAGCCCAGAACCUGACCCGGGGCCGGCAGCAGCUCAAGUGGGACCGGAAGAAGAAGCGGUUUGUGGGACAGUCAGGACAGGAGGAGAAGAAGAAGAUCAAGACUGAGAGUGGCCGCUACAUCAGCAGCUCCUACAAGCGGGACCUCUAUCAGAAGUGGAAACAGAAACAGAAAAUAGAUGACCGUGAUUCCGAGGGGGAAGAGGCGGCCUCAGAGCGGCGAGGCCCGGAGCGAAGAAGCAGCAAGUGGGGCCGGGGCCAAGGUGCACCCCAACCCCGCACCCCAGGCGCCCCUACAGGUCGUGUGCGCUCCGAGCUCAAGACCAAGCAGCAGAUCCUGAAGCAGCGGCGCCGGACCCAGAAGCUGCGCUUCCUACAGCGCGGGGGCCUCAAGCAGCUCUCAGCCCGCAGCCGCCGCCGGGUGCAGGAGCUGCAGCAGGGCGCCUUCGGCCGGGGCGCCCGCUCCAAGAAGGGCAGGCUGCGGAAGGGGAUGUGAGGGCCGGGACCCAGGCCGUCCACACCUGGAUGGCAGCAAAUGCUUCCCAGGCACAGCUGCGGGCCUGGGCCGGCCGCAGGGCAGCCUGGAGGGGUAGCAGCCACCUCUGCAGAAGGCAGGGACAUGUGAGCGGGGUCUGCAGGGGAACCUAGGGGCUCUCCAGCAAAGCCUGUGGGCUGGGCCCUGAGCUGACAGCUUGGUUGCUGCCAUGUCUGUGGGUCUUGGGUUCAGAGGUCCUGGCCACCCAGAUCUGAGCCCUGAGUGCCCAACACCCGGUGGAUGUUUUUUUUUUUAAGGUAAUAAAUCUUUGAGCUCCUCUGGGGGACCACGAGUGCAGAGUCUAUCUGGGGAGCAGGGAGAGUCACACGUGCCAAACUCCCAGGCAGCCUUGUAGGGGAUGAGUCAGAGAGCAUGGUUCACCCAGAGUCUCCUGAGGGUGGGCUCUGGCUGUGAAGGGGUUAACACGGCCCCCCUAACACCCAGAGGUCAGGGCCUUCAUCUGCUCCAAGCCCUGCCCCUCCCAUCUGGGAUCUCGGGGUGGUCUGGGGUGGCCCCCAGCAGCUAGGUGAGCAGGACAGAGCCAUAGCCCAGCCUGUGUCCCUGGAGGAGGGAGCUCCGAGCACACCUCAGGUCACCCUCCCGCUGGCCCUGUAUCUCACUCCCCAAACGCUCAUCCAGCAGUUCCCAUAUGCCGGGCCCCAUUCCAUGCACCUGGCAAAUAACUCAUCUAAUCCCCCAGUCACCCCGGGAAGUAGGGCCUGGUCCUGCCUCGAUUUUACGGGUGUGGCAAGGUGAGUCCUUAGGACCACACAGGGGCUGAGGGGUCAGCAGCACCUGGUGUUGGCACAUAGCCCUUUGUCACCACUGUCACCGCAGCCCAGCUUUAUUGGGGGCCGGCUGCCUCUCCACACCUCAUUUAAGCGGCACAGCAUGGGCACAGCCCUGUCCUGUCUUUCAGGAGAGGAAACAUGCUCGGGAAGAGCCACUUAGCCCUACACCCCAAGGGAAGCAUGAGACCUCCUUUCCAGAGCUGGGGUCCUCACAGGGCCCCCCUCACUGCUCACCUGGGUCGGGGCUAGAAGGCGGGGGCCGCAGGCUCGGCCUGACGGAGGCUGGUCAGCAAGGCCGAGAGAUCUUCCAUGAACAGCUUCACCUGAGGGAGGGAAGCCAAUAGGGCCAAAGUCAGUCAGGGUCCCCAGGUUGCAGUCCAGCCCCCACCCAAGGCCUGGGGAGGCUGUAGGGCAGGGUUGGGGGCCUGAGACCCCUGUUAAGGGAACAGCAGCCAUGGCGCAUCCCAGAGGCGCCAACCGGGCUCCUAAGCUGUUCGGGCUGAAAAGCCUCGGGCAGUGCCUCCCACAGGGCGCUGGUCAGCAGACACCUGGGCUCACGCUGGCUCAUGUCUGUGUUUGAUUAAAUUAAUAGCUUCACAUCAGUUCACUUUGUUUCUUUUAAUUAAAUCAGCCAUAUUUGUCAGCUCAUGGUCUAUCGUCUAUGCAUGGUCCUCUAUUUCAUUUUAAUUGACUUCUUUAUACAAACUUAUUGAACAUCCAUGGGCUUACUGCCAAGGGCUGGAACUUGAUGGAUUGCUCAUAACUGUGUACUCCCCCUUUCCUUCACAUUUGCAACUUAAAUAAACC